AUGUCCAAUAUGGUCUUGUCAGCUCGUGAUCAUGGUAGACCUCAUGUGCAUUGGGAUGACUCAGCUAAUGCUAGAUUUAGUAGUUGUGUACCAUGGACCAAAGUCAAUGAUAAUUACACCUAUAUAAAUGUUCAGAAACAAGUCGAAGGUCCUGCCUCAUUAUUAUCUUUUUGGAAAGAAUGUUUGAAACUUAGAAAUCUUACAAAGAUUUACUUGUUUACGGAUUUUUAA